AUGACGACACAAAAGGAUUUAGUAGAAAUUGUAGCAACAUUUCCAAUUAUUGACAGCCAUGCACAUCCAUUACUCACAAACCAAAAAUGGUACACAUAUCCAAUCGAAGCAGCAUUCACCGAGGCAGCGAAUCCCGCAUUACAAGAUUCCACACAUACACUAGCCUUUAAAAAAGGGAUACAAAAAUUGACUAAGCUCUCUUCCAAAUUAUAUGGUCCCGAGAUAUCUUCACCUUCUUCCCAAUUAGAAUCUCUCAAAACUCAACGUGCACAUCACUCUUUUGAAGAAUGCUGUGAAACGUGUUUCAAAGCACCCAAUGUCAAUAUUCAGUGUAUCUUGUUUGAUGAUGGUCUGUAUGGUGAUUAUCAGUCGUUGGAGAGUCAUGUCGGGUUAGUUGAAGAGGUUAGACGUGUUGUGAGAAUUGAACGCGUUGCCGAGGAAAUUUUGGAAAGUUUAUUUUUCGAUGAGAAUAAAAAUGAUCAUAAAAGUGAAAAUGAGUAUUUAUCUCGAUUUGAACCUCUGUUACAAGAAAAACUUGUUAAAUUGGCAAAAGAUGAUAAUGUGGUUGCAUUCAAAUCUAUCGCUGCCUAUCGUACCGGAUUAAAUAUUAAUACUAAUAAAGAAGAGAAUUCCAAAAUUGAACAUGCUCUGAUUGAGAUUCUCAAAAAGGCUCGACAACACAACAACAAAUCUCAAACAGCACAACCUCAACAAAGUGUUCGAAUUGAUGAAAAGGCGGUGAUUGAUCUCGUCGUUAAUAUUGGAAUAAAAAUUUCUAGUGAUUUUAAAAAGCCGAUUCAAUUUCACACUGGAUUCGGCGAUAAUGAUCUUAAUCUUCUUCAUAGUAAUCCACUUUAUUUGAGAGCGUUAAUCGAGGAAAAUCCUGAUGCGAAAAUUAUACUUUUACAUGCUUCGUAUCCGUUUACGCGUCAAGCUGGAUAUCUUGCUACGGUGUAUAAUAAUGUAUUUGUUGAUAUUGGAAUGAUCUUUCCUCAGAUCUCUCAUUAUGCACAAAUACAAACACUGCAUGAAGUUAUUUCACUUACUCCUACGAAUAAGAUAUUAUUUUCUACUGAUGGACAUCAUGUGCCUGAAGUUUUUUAUUGCGCUGUAGUCGAAGCAAGAGAAACUUUAACAAAGGUUCUAAUGGAGGUAAUUGAAAACGGUGAUCUCAAUAUUGAAGAGGCUAUUGAAAUCGCAAAGAAAAUAUUAUUCUUUAAUGCGAAUUUAGUUUACAAUCUCUCGCUUACGCCGAAAUCAGUAGAAACAGCAACAUCAAGUUUAGACGCGGAAGUGAAUCCCAUACAUGCGAUAAAAAUGAUAAGAAACUUCCGUGCCAAAUUUGUUCGAGUUGAUUGGUUGGAUAUAAGUAACAUCCACCGUCAUCAUGUGAUACCAAUCGAGAGAUUCGAAGAAUCCACAAUAAACUCGGGGGUAUCGGCAGCAACAGUAGUACAAUGUCUUCCAUACUACGGGGACGAAAUAGUAAAAAACUCAUUGACGGCCACAGGAGAAGUUUUAUUAAAACCUGACCUGAAAACACUUAAACCAACAGUAUUUCCAACCCAAAUUAGAGUUCAGUCAUUUAUAGUGGAAAAAAUCACGGGUAGUCCAUCCGAACUUUGUCCUAGACUGAUGUUAAAAAGAAUUGUGGAUAACGCGUACAAAGAGUUUGGCGUGAAAUUUUUGGUUGGCAUUGAAUCAGAAUUUUGUGUGAUUAGUAAAAACGAUGAUGGUUCUUUUAAGUCGAUCGAUGAUUCUGUGUAUGCGGCAAGUUCUGCUUUGCGUUGUAAUUCUUGGAUUAGUCCUGCUCUUGAAGAGAUUGCAGAGUCAUUACUUAAACAAGAUAUUGUUGUCGAACAGUUUCAUCCCGAGGCAUCUAAAGGACAGUAUGAAAUGGUGACUGGCCCAGCGCCACCUUUGGAAUCAAUCGACAAUCUAGUUGCGACUAGACAAACAAUCUAUGAUGUUAUGGCUAAAUAUGGGCAUCAUGCGACCUUUUUACCGAAACUUUAUCCUGAUCAAGCUGGUAAUGGAGCACAUCUUCAUUUAUCCUUGACGACGGAAAACCAAAAUUCACCCAAUAACGAUAAGUUAUCGAAAUACGAACAAUCAUUCAUUGCGGGCACAUUACGACAUCUUCGCGCCCUUUGUGCCUUGACAUUGCCCACAACAAACUCGUAUAAGCGUCUAGUCGUUGGAUGUUGGGCCGGGUCUACUUAUGUUUCUUAUGGAUUUGAAAAUCGAGAAUCACAGAUUCGUAUUUGUUACCGUGGUGGAUCAUAUAAUUUUGAGCAUCGAUUUGCUACCGCUGCAUUGAUUGCUGCCGGCGUAGCUGGAAUUAAGGAAGGAUUGGAUUUAUCAAAGAUAAAAGCCGUUGAAUGCGACCCUGCAACUCUUUCUGACCAAGAACGACAUGCCUAUGGAAUCACUGAACGAUUACCUUGUUCUCUCCGUGAAGCAUUGGAUGCAUUUAAGAAAGACAACAUUUUACAAGAUGCUUUGGGAAAAGAAUUUUCAAGGGUUUAUUUGUGUGUGAAGGAGGCUGAACUUACUUUUGCGGAAAGUUUGCAUUCUGAUGACCUCUUGAAUAUUUUGGUUUCGAGAUAUUAG